CUACUGUUCUGUUUUUUUGGUCGCGCGCAGAACAGGCUGUAGGUUGCAGCAGCACGCGGCGCGAGUUACAUCGUUUGACUCCCAACAACAAACCUGUGCUGUGCGGACUGACAUUCAUUCCUUCCCUCUUUCUAACAAUAACCGCUGCUGGAGAAUAAUCUUCUUUAAUUCAGCCAAGGUGUUGUUGCAGUUGUAACCUGCUAUAUUCCAGACUCGCAAUAACCUGUCCGCCAUAUACUGGCUGAACAUGUGGGGAUGCCGCGCGAACACACACAUAUAGUGCAGGCAGUGGGAGGAAUGCUGUUGCAAUUAUGCAUGGUUGACUUGUAGCGCACUACACAGCAUAACAAUGAAAACAUUAUUCUGCAGAGGACCGACACCUCUCUGAUGGGAUUUCACUGAAGAGAGCUCGCAAACUGGACUUUCUAACUUGGAAAAAGAAAGACGACAAUACAUACAGUAUUUUUGGCUGUGUGAAUAUAAAUAAAUGAGCAUCUUCUGAACAUAAAAAAGUACUUCCGUUUGUAAAGGCAAUAACCAACUGUAUUAGAACCCUUCCUAUCAGAACAGAGAAGCAGAGACUCAUUUCGUUCAACAACAAAAAACAGAAUCCAAGGGGUUUGAUGCAAGUUUCAUCUUUCAUAUCAACCACCACGCGGAGACCUAUUCGUGUCUCUCAUUGGAGAGAUCGCAGUGAAAUAGAGGACUCCUAACGGACUCGAUCACAUCAGAUGAUCAUUUUCAAAGAGAAGGACUAGGCUAUCAUUGAUCUCACAUCAACCCACAAUAAUGCCUACAGAAAUACAAGCAAGUGGCUGUACAUGUCAAACUAUGUUUGGAUUGUCAGGAAUUCGCAGCUCUCAUCCCGUUGAGCAACAUAAGUAGCUGUCACCCAGCCUCCUCCCUCUCUCUCUUCUACUUCCCCCCAUCCCUCUCUCCUUCAGUGAGGUCCUAUUAAGCCACUCCCACUGACCCCUGACCCCUCGUUGCUAUGGAGAGCCUGAGCGAGCUCCAGAACCCGCUCCUGGACAAGAACAGCAAGCACGUCGUCAACGGUUACGGGGGUGACUUCCCUAACAACCAGUACCAGGAGAAUAUCAUCAACUACUUCGUAACCGGCGGCAACGGAGGAGGUGGAGGAGGAGGUAACACUAACAGCGGUGCGGUGGCCCACAUGGGACACAAUAACAGCAACGGCAAAAUGAAAGCUCAACAACUCCUCGACGCCACCUCCCUCCAUCUGGCCGUCGAGGCCUUCUACAGACCUAACUUCAUCCUGUACAAGGAGGAUGGGGGAGGCGGCGGCGUCAAGGCCAAGGAUUAUAAGAGCGAGUGCUGCGAGACUACCUUCACAGAGAAGAAAGAGAGGGAGAGGGAGGCGUCUGUAGCGGUGGAGACCCCCGGAAGCACAGAGGACCCUCAGGCCAAGCUGCUGGAGGACGGAGAAAACGUUAAGAUACAGACUGUCUCCUACGAGGUGGAGGAGGAGGAGUAUGUGGAGUAUGAGACGGACUGCUCCAGCGACAGUGAGAGUGAGGAUAACUUCAUAGUGACCCCUCCCAGAGACCACCUGGGCCUGGCCAUCUUCUCCAUGUUGUGCUGCUUCUGGCCGCUGGGCAUCGCUGCCUUCUACUUCUCACAGGGGACCAGUAAGGCAGUGAAGAAGGGUGACUUCCCGCUGGCGAGCAUCGCAUCCCGGAGGGCGCUGUUCCUGGCGGCCCUCUCCAUCACCAUCGGGACAGGCGUCUACGUUGGGGUAGUGGUGGCCCUCAUCGCCUACCUCUCCAAGCCUGGACACGUAUAGCAGCGCCUGACCUCCCGGACCAGACCACCGGGGGGAGAAGCAGGAGAACUAGGAACUGUCUCUUCCGGGAAUGGUACACUGCCACUGCCAUGGAAACCUUUUGGGGACAUAGUCCUCCUUCUCCCUCCAUCCCUCCAUCCCUCCGGUCUUCUCCCGGACUACCAGAGGAACCACAGAACCACAGAAGAGGAGAGGAAGGAGGAACCACCACUCUGCCCCUCUCCGGAACAUAACAGCGCUCCUGACAAUGGAAAAAGUUUUUGGGACGUGUUCAUUUCUUUCCUUCUCUCUCUAUCCCUCCAUCUCUCCAUCCCUCCAUCUCUCUAUCCCUCCAUCUCUCAUUCCUCCAU